UCUUUCUUUCUUUCUUUUUUUUUUCAUUAGUAUUAUUUAUUUAUUAUGAGGUUUCUUCUACAAAUUUGUGUUGGUUCCUUUUUCAAUUUUAAACAUGUUGUUAUGUUUACUGAUGUUAUGGUGUAAUAGUUUGUAUUGCAUAUUACGAGUCGUUUGAAUUUCUGAUAAGCUGGAAGAGAAGUCUAGGGAGGAAAAGAAGGUUACUAAGAGGGAAUUGGUAUUGAGAAUUGAUUAAAUUGGUUGUGCAAUAAUUAAAAGUGGAUUGAAAAAUAGCUAUUCAGCUGAAAGUUUUGUACUUUUAUCACAUUUUUGGUAUUUUAGAUUAGACCUGGGAUAGUAUUAAGAUAAAAAGAAAUCUUGUCUUGGAGGGACGUUCACCUUGUUAGAUGGUGAAUUAUUGAGCACCGAGGAUGUUUUGCUCAUACUUGUGUUUCUGGGUAAUAUUUGAGGUAUAAACAGUAAGAGUAGGAGAGGAGAUAACUUCCAAUCCUCUGUGUAGAUCUUCUCUUAAAUAACUGUGUAUGCUCAUUUGUCUUGAGCAACUAAGCACCUCAAAUGGUAUCCAAGUCUUGGGGAUGUGCUGAAGCAUUUGCUUUUAAACUAAUGUGGUCCUUUUAUCUGGUAAAAGAAAUCAGUGCAAGUCAAAGGAUGUUGGUCUUCAUUUAUUUGUGUGUUUAUUAUGCAUAUUAUAAUAAAAUAUAACACUCUUGAUGUAUACAUUUCUUUUUUCUGUCUCUUAUUGUGUUCCCCUGUCAGCUUAUUCUUCAAACAGGAAAUGGAACUUUCCCUCGUCGGUCUUCAAAAUGCAGGAAAGACUUCACUUGUUAAUGCCAUUGCAACGGGAGGCUAUAGUGAAGACAUGAUUCCAACUGUGGGAUUUAAUAUGCGUAAAGUCACAAAAGGAAAUGUGACCAUAAAACUUUGGGACUUGGGAGGGCAACGGAGAUUUCGCUCCAUGUGGGAGCGCUACUGUCGCGGUGUCUCUGCUAUACUGUAAUUUUUACCUCCAAAACUUAAUUCGUUGGGCAUCAUAUGGAAUAUUUGCAGUUGAUGAUUUAUUUCAGUCGCAGCAAGAAUAUGUAUAUCCUGAAAUACCUACUCGAGAGGGAUUUUUGAACAAUGUUGGAUGGAUGUAGGGGAAAGUGGGGUCUAGGGUC